AAUAAUAAUUAGCAAAAGUUAAAUAAUUGAAUUAACAUGUCACAAGAAACAAAUACGAUUAAACCGUUACAUAAUUACCAUGAUUUAAGUGACCUAUUUGUGCAAAAUGAGCGAAUGGUCCGGGAUUUUGACCAAAAUAGUGUUGAAACCAUAGGAAAGGGUAGUUUUGGUCAUGUGGUCAAAGCUAGACAUGUGGUCGACGAGAAGGUCUAUGCCAUUAAGAUAAUUGAAAUUACAGGUAACGAAAGCGAAUUAUGGGAGGCAUACAUGAAACGGAUCCGUGAGGUGAAAGUGUGGGCCCGACUCGACGCCGACCACUUUGUACAGUACAGAUCCUCGUGGCUCGAGUGCGCCGGCAGUCACGACUCUACCUCCCGGUGCCCAAUGAGCUACACGUUAUACAUACAGAUGGACUUGUGUUGGUUCACACUGAAGGAGGCCAUUAGGAAAAUGCGGACACAUUUUGUGCGCCAACCCAAACAAUGUUGGCCAGAGUUGGGCGCAUAUAUGGCCGGCGAGUUGUUGGUGGAAAUACUUGAGGCUAUUUGCGUUUUGCACGCACUUAACCCGCCGAUAGUGCACCGGGACAUUAAGCCCCGUAAUGUGCUGAUCAAGGGCGGUCCCGGAGCCCGGUUUGUCAAACUGACCGACUUCGGUGAGGCCGUUGAACAUAAGAGAGAGACCGGACUGUACCGAGUGUUUGUCAAAGAGGUCCGAGUGGUCAGUGCCUUACCGUGCUGUGAGGGAUGA